AAUGUUGCAAACACAUAGAGUUUCCAUUCUCUGCUUUUUGCUCAUUCUCUUCUCAUCUCAUUCCCUUGUCUCGGCUCUCCAAACCUUCCAGAAGAUUCCGCUGCCACAGCGAAUCACCGGACCCGAAGCUUUCGCAUUCGAUUCUCACGGUGGAGGACCUUAUACAGGAGUCUCCGGUGGCAAGAUUCUGAAAUACCAAGGACCAACACUUGGCUUUACAGAGUUCGCUUAUAUUUUACCAAUCGCGAACAAGUCACUAUGUGAGAAAGCAGUUGGGACUUUUCUUGGUAGCAUUUGUGGUAGACCCGUCGGUUUAGCUUUUAAUGAGAAAACCGGAGAUUUAUACAUAGCUGAUGCAUACUUGGGUUUGUAUGUGGUUUCAUACCGCGGUGGCCUAGCCAAACGCCUAGCCGAUACCGCAGCCGGAUAUCCUUUCCGGUUCCUUGACGGUUUAGAUGUAGAUCCGGUGACUGGUAUGGUUUACUUCACAUCUUUCAGCACAAGAUUUGGCCCCAGUGAACUUGUCUUGGCGGUUGCUGUAAAAGAUACGACGGGGAGGCUCUUUAGGUACGAUCCAAAGACUAAAACCGUCACCGUUUUGUUAAGCGGUUUGAGUGGCUCAGCGGGAUGCGCUGUGAGCUCUGACGGAGGGUUUGUUCUUGUGGGAGAGUUUUUGAGGAAUCGGAUCUUGAGGUAUUGGAUCAAGGGUCCAAAAGCCAACACGUGGGACAUUUUUGUACCCUCGAUCCCUGGUCCGGACAACAUAAGGAGAACAGACGGUGGAGAUUUCUGGGUCGCAUCAAACUCGGUGAAGCUUAUAGUGCUACCCACGGAACCAUCAGCUGUGAAAAUCAGUUCCGACGGUGAGAUUCUCCGGCGUAUGCCCCUCGGAGAAUAUUACGGUGAUACAUUAGUAAGUGAAGUGAAUGAAUACAAAAACGUUGUUUACUUGGGAACACUCACGACCACUUUUGUUGGUACUUUGUAAUGAAGGAAAUCAAUUAUUAAGCUUCUGAUUCUUUGAAUCCAACACAAUUAUGAAAAAAAAAUCAGUCAGACAUCUUUUAUAGAGGAGUACAAGAUAAGACAUUCAUGAGCUUGUCCAUAA